AUGGUGAUACUAUGUGCGGCAUCCUUCUUCAGUGCAGUCGGUCACUUUCCCAUUCAGGUGAUUCUUACCAGUACGCAAUGUCCGGCAACGCUUGGACACGCCAGCCUGACCAUUUUGUACGCAUCCCUUGCGAUAUCCUCUCAGUUGUCCCACAUCACCCUUCGUUACCUCAGUCCAAAAGUCAGUCUACUUUGUGGAAUAGCAAGCCAUCUUGUAUUUAAUUUAGCCAAUGUCUACCCUUCUUACGAAACUCUGAUUCCCGCCUCUGUGAUCUCUGGUGUCGACCUGAAAACGGCCAGCAUAUGCAAUGGAAUCAGAUCCACAUUUAAUAAUCGUCACGACAAGCUUGUUUCCAGUACGUAUGGAAUCCACAUGGUCGGACUGGCAAUGAGUUGCUACGGUGUCGCUCGACUACCCUGGUCAUUUUUAAGCUGUUCAAGAUGGCGCAAGAUAACAGAAUCCCAGCAAUUUUGUGUUUUAGGUUGUACGCUCCUGUUGGCGUGUUACGUUUUCACCUUCAGCACAGCUUUAAAACAGCCAUCCACUCCCAUCAUUGCCUACACGGUGCUGUUCUGGGGGUUUACCGACGGCUUGAGCCAGCAACUCAUCGCAGGUGUUUGCCAGAAGUAUUCAAUAAAGAGCCAUAUUGGGACGAGGUACACAAGUUUCCGUGCCCUGGGACUAGCUGUAGGAUUAGGAGCUGCACCCUUCCUUUGCCCAGUGUACAGAUUAUACGCACUUACCCUGGGGAUUUUGGUGUACACAGUUGUCUGUCCUUGUUCACAGAAACUUAGUACUCAAAAGCAAACAAGUUCAGCUGAUGUUUAA